AUGGCCGACAGCUCGGUCCACUCUCGCCCCAUGGCAGCCCAGGGCGCAGAGGAUGGAGAAAUAGACCUAGAGGACGUUGAAAAUACUGACCCAGACUACGCACAGGAUCGCGAGAACGAUAGCGAGUUUGAGGCGACCGAGGAGGAUUUGUUUCAGGGUGGUAUCUACGAACCAUCCGUCCGGAUUCAAGUCCAGGGGAGUGAAGAAGAGAGUGAAGGGCCGGGAGGCGAUGGAGUGCGCCCACGACCCGGUGCACCCGAAGAACGGUGCGAGGCGAGGCUCUACGGCUUCUCCAUCACACUGACCAAGGACUGGAUCAAGGAUGCUCGGGAUUUUUUCAAAGUGAAGCUGAAGGAUCUGAACGACGAGCAAGUCGCAGGGUGCAGCAUUCGAAAGAUUCGACUUGGGAACCUCUUUGUCCGCAUGACGCGGAGCACAUCACACCUCGACGACUAUCUGGACGUUUUCGUACUCGUCGUUGUUUCCAGGAAGUCGAAGACCAACCCCAACAACAAGCUGAAUCAUCAGUUUCUUGCAAGGCAUAGGGACUGGCGGCUCUGCGGAAUGGGCCAUGUGUUCCUGUGGCUUUAUUUCAUCUACGACCUCGUUCCUCUGCGCUACGGCCCCGGUAUCGUCGAGCCUCUCGACUUUUCUGAACCGAUCUUGUGGACGAAAGCGCACCUCUUCUUUUCUUUGAAGAAGGGCGGCCAGGGAGAGCAGAAGCAAGACGAGAUGCACUACAAAACGCAUAACACCUGGAUUAAGUGGGCCAUGACGAAGGCGAGAUGGAUUCUGAGCAAGGUAACACAUGCAUUCCGCAGAUCCGGAGCGCAACAACUCCAUGACGACGGUUGCUCCGACAACGAUAUCGGCACUCUGGGCGGAUGGGCGCAGGGGGAGUUGCGGAGGUGUUAUGUGUUCGGCAUACCGUUCAAGCCGGUUUGGCUGCUGGCAGGAUUCAGCGGGGAUCGUGGAGACUACUACAUCGGCAGAGCCCGCGCCAAGCUUCCGCGGCAUAAGGUUAAGGAGAAGGAUGAGUGGUUGCAGCUCUUGGAUCUCUUGAGGCUUCACAUUUUCCCCUGGGUCGAAGAGGGUUGGAAGAAGGUCGAAGAAUGGAACGCUGCGCAGACCGAUCCGCUGAAGAGGCACUAUGUUGGGGCGAGGUUCCUAGACACCCUCGCCAGCAUCGGACGCCUCGUUGUUGCACAGGAUCUGGCUAUGAUGUGGGCGUUCUGCCAUCAGCACGGCGUGAGAAACCCGCGGUGCAAUUGCGAGAGGCAUCCAUAUGUGCAGAUGAGCCCCUUGUGCAACCACCCGCUGUUCCAAAAGUGGGCGUACCUGGUCGCUAUCUCUCACUUCCAGGGCGAGAAGCUUCGGGCAACCGGCCAAACCACCGCCAAAGCAGACGCUAUCUUUCGCACGACCGCAGAAGAGAAGCUGCAUAAGAUGCACCUCACCGCCAAUAUGCUCAGGGAGGAGCUUGGGAUUUUGAGAGGACGUGAAAUGCAGUUGGCGAUGGAGAACGCUGAACUGAGGGAGAAACUCGCCGCUGAGUGA